UCGGUCCGACAUAGACGAGCUUCGGUGGCACCCUUUGCUCUGACGCGGCUCUCUGGCUGGUUGAAGGCUCGCAUCUCUUCUCUCUGUUCUGUCUCCGUAGCUGAAAGCUCUCAGACUAAAUGACAGGAGAUGAGACACUGCGGCCGUAGACCACACCAUGAGUAUCCAGAGCCUGGGAGGAGCUAUAGGGGAGUCCCUAGGCUCUAGCCUGACGGUGCGUAUGAGCGGAGCAGGUGGCGGGUGGAGCUCUCUCUCCCUAAAGCCUGUUUCCUCUGGGCGCAUUGCCUCUCUGUUCCAGACCAUGGUACCCACUGGGUAUACCAAGCUACAGGAGGAGCGGCUAUCCAUGGUGGACCUCGGAGUUAAACCAGAGGCCGGCUCGCUCCAGAAUGGCUACAGACAAGAGACGACGCACAUAGAAGGCCGGCGGCUCCUGGACCGGGCCUCCCGGUCCUCUGUGACUUUAUCUGACUGUGGAGACGGAGGCUACUCUGAAACUGAGCCCAUGCUGGCUGAGAGGAGGCUCUCCGGGGAAGAGGCAGAUGCGGAGGAGGAGGAGGAUGAGGAGGAAGGGCUGGGAUCGGAUGUGCAGAACAUGCCCAAAGAGUCGCCACUGGCCAUGGCGCUACAGAUCUUGUUGCCUUUCCUGCUAGCAGGAUUUGGAACUGUAUCAGCUGGAAUGGUGCUGGAUAUUGUGCAGCACUGGGAGGCGUUCCAGUACAUCACAGAGAUCUUCAUCCUGGUUCCUGCUCUGCUCGGCCUCAAGGGAAACCUGGAGAUGACUCUGGCCUCAAGGCUGUCCACAGCGGUGAAUGUGGGCAAGAUGGAUUCUCCCAUCGAGAAGUGGAAUCUAAUCAUAGGCAACCUGGCACUGAAGCAGGUUCAGGCCACUGUGGUGGGUUUCCUGGCUGCCGUAGCAGCCGUGGUCCUCGGUUGGAUCCCGGAGGGGAAGUUCCAGAUGAGCCAUGCUGUGCUGCUCUGCUCCAGCAGUGUGGCCACGGCCUUCAUAGCCUCCCUGUUGCAGGGUAUCAUCAUGGUGGGUGUAAUUGUGGGUUCGAAGAAGACAGGCAUCAACCCAGACAACGUAGCCACACCCAUUGCCGCCAGUUUUGGUGACCUCAUAACCUUGGCGAUCCUGGCCUGGAUAAGUCAGGGCCUCUACAAGUGCCUGGAUUCCUACCCGUAUGUGUCGUCAGUGGUUUGCGCCUUCUUCAUGUGUUUGACUCCUCUGUGGAUCGUCAUCUCCUCCAAGCACCCAGCCAGCCGCACCCUGCUCUACUCCGGAUGGGAGCCAGUCAUCACUGCCAUGGUCAUCAGCAGCAUCGGAGGGCUCAUCCUGGACAAAACAGUGUCUGACCCAAAUCUGGCUGGCAUCGUAGUGUACACCCCGGUUAUCAACGGAAUCGGGGGCAACCUAGUGGCUAUUCAGUCCAGCAGGAUCUCUACUCACCUGCACUUCCACUGUGCCCCUGGGGAGGUUCCUGACGAGGCCAAGGGCUGCUACUACCCCUGCCGCACAUUCUUUGGCACAGGAGCCAAUCAUCGCUCUGCUCAGGUGCUCCUCCUUUUGGUGAUCCCUGGUCACCUGAUCUUCCUCUACACCAUCCACCUGAUGAAGAGUGGACACACCACCCUGACACCCAUCUUUAUGUCCGUCUACCUGGCUGCCGCUAUGCUGCAGGUGCUGCUAUUGUUGUGUAUAUCGGACUGGAUGGUGCACUCCAUGUGGCGGAGCGGCAAAGAUCCCGACAGUUUUUCCAUCCCUUACCUGACAGCUCUCGGUGACCUGUUGGGCACCGCCCUGCUGGCGCUCAGCUUCCACUUCCUGUGGGUCAUAGGAGACCAGGACAGCGACGUGGGCGACUGAGGCGGCCUUUGCCAAUAAGGCGACGGUCGGCAACGGGAAUCCUGCCGUCUGCCGUCCGACUUCUCGCGCCCUUUAAGCCUUGUGGGAAUGUGGGUGCUCUCUGCCGCCAGCCAGCACAUUCCUCUGCUUCACUUCAUUUAAACCACAUGAUGGUUAGAAAACUAUUUUCUGCUCCUGGUUUUUUUUUUUUUUUUUGGUCCACACACAAAAGCCAUUAUAUUCCAUAAAUCUAGACUGUUCUCAGUACAGUACAGCACCAAAGCACUUGCAUAUCAUAUUGCUGGUCUUGUUAAGGAGGAGCAGGAAAACCACCCACAACGCUGAGGAAACCUCGCUGCUGUUAGCAAGGUGGUCUACUCUCAGUCGGAGGACUUCUCUUCACAGAACAACAGUCUCUUUGGCACGUAGAUAUUUUGGGGAUUUACCACCCACCGUGUCACAAAACUUGUUACCUGCCUUUUUUGUUAACACUUUGCAUCGUUGAGUCAGUGGAGGGAUACAGAGACGGCUGGGAGUGUGGAGGAACACUUUGAACUGCCAUGUUAGCAGGUCUACCAGCACCAGACCACUACUUAAAGGGAGUAACAUGAAUUUCUGUGUCUACCUGUUGUUGGUUUUGUUUUUUGGUGUUUCCCCAGUGUGCACAGUUGGUAUGUGCUUUAUCUGUACGCUACAGUUAUACUUUUCCUCUUUCAGUGUUUUGAGUUACCCCACAAUGUUGCUGGAACAUCCUUCCUGGCUAAGCGAACAUGCACACAUUUUGACUUUUUUUUUUUUUUCUUCCGUUUCCGCUUUCUAACCUGCCUCCUGUCAGUCAGGAUGUUCGAUCAGGCGUUCCCCAACCUUUUUGGCUCUGGAGACCAACAAGUAAAUCAAGUCCAGUCUCUGUGUGAAUUGAGACGAGUCAAAUGAUUUCAUGCCAACAGUUUACUGAAUGACAAAAUUUGAAAAGUGUCAAAAUAAUGAACAGCCCGACAGCCAAGUACCAUGGUACCACAUUGUGGCCCAGUUGUUGAGUACUGAGCCUUUUACUAGAACCCCCUUCCCCGAAGAGCAACUGUCCAAUCAUAGCUUAGCAACCAUAACUAGGCACGAUAGGUACAGCAGGCUUUGGAUUCCUACACAUGUUGAAGCAGUGUGCAUCGGGCUGUAGCUUGGAGCCAUAUUUGGCAUCUAAUAAGUUUGUAUGAGGGUGUCUUCUUCCAAAACCACAGACGUGUGUUUAUCUGCUCUAAUGUAAGCUGCUAUUGUUAGCUAAGCAGCCAAACAGGCUUAUGUUGGAAUGAUGUAUCUUUUUUCUUUACUAUCAGUUGCGUAUUUAAGAAUUCAUACGUAUUGAUAGGUAUGUUUUCAUUAGUGUAUAAUCACCUGAAAAUAGGAAUCGUUGUAUUUUUGUUACCUUUAGAAUGAGCUGUUUAUAUUUACAGAGUCCUCUUCUACGGAGGCCACCAUGUUUCUACAGUAGCCCAGAAUGGACAAACCAAGACCUGGCACCCGGCUCUUUCAAUCGUCCCAUGAAUAUAACGUUAGCUUAAUUAGCUAGCUAGCCACAGUUCAAAGAUGCAUUAUUAUGAAUUCCAAUACUUUUCUUGGCAAGACACAUGUAGCUAUCCAGCGCUAUGAUUGGCCAGUCGCCCAUGACUUUUACUUUUCUUGCAGCCAUUGACCUUUCAGCCUUAGCCUCCUGUUACAUUCUAUAAAGUGGAACCGCUCUCCUCUAACACUCAUGUGAAACAAACCAUGGAAGCCUGCGUUCCCCCAUUUCCUCUGUUUGUUUGUCCCGUCUGUUCUCCUCGCUGGGGGUCCGGCUGUGGGGGAUUCUGCGGUCGGAUGUGUGCAUGCUAAUCACAUGCUGUCUACAGUGCAUGUGUGCAUAGUAUCAACACGCAUGCACGCAAAUAAUCAGCAGUUUUCAUUUCAGCAUUAACUGAUUUUCUACUCAUGUCAGGCUAAUUUCAUAAUCAGUGUAAACAUAACCUGAUUAAAUGCCAGAUUUUUGCUGUUUUUCAUUCACUUUUUCAGAGUAUGCCGUGUGUUCAAAAGGUUGGAGGACAUUGAUCCAGAUGAAGCAACCCGAUUAUUAAUUAAAAGAAUCCCUCUGGCUCCGGGAGAAAAUGAUCUUACUUAAAAAUAAACUCCCAAACCAAACCACCUCUUAAAUCUGAUCAUUCAGAAGCACAUUGUGUGCAUGUGAACGUGGCCAGUGGAUCUCUUCAACUCCCAACAUGUGCCUCUCGAGAUUCACUGGUUAACAAGGUAUUUUUCUCUCUCAUGACAUGAAUGCAGUUUUCUUUCUAUAGCAUUUAAUACUGUGCAAUGAUUUCCUUUUGUACUCAUUUCCAGUUCUAGGACAAGGACUAUUGUAUUUUUUGAAGUGUUUUUUUCCAAACUGAGAUAUCUGCCAUUUUAAUCACUGGCAUGAAACCACAUACAGAUAUCAAAGCUGUCAGAGUCUAGUGGGUGACAUACAUUUUGGAAAUAUUUCCUUUUGGGAUGAAACCCUGUUUUUGCUUUCGUGGCUCACGCGGGCCAAAAAAUGUCUAAAUAAAUGUCUUUCAGUUGAAAA